UGCUCUGACUGUGCCAUCUCCUUUUCUCGUUUGAAGGCUUCAUAUUCCUCACCUGCCGCAAAUUGCAUCCCUAGACGCCACAUUCUUGGCAGCAAUCAACAAACAUGUUCAGCCACAAAGUACAGAAUUGGAGUAUGGAGUAUGGAGUGCAGAGUGCAUUACUCCUACAUAAUCUGUACAUACAGCCAUCAAUCGGAUUCCUGCCCUGUCCUGUCCUGUCGGAUUGACGCCAGGUCCGUGCUGAGUGAGAUUCUGGGGUACUGUACGAUCGAUCGGAAUGCUCGUGCAGGAUCUCAAAUCGCUCCGCAAGGAGGGCAGUACUGUACAUUCUACAGUCUAUCUACAGCGUACUCCGUACAGAAUGCAUAUUUUGGGAAUGUAGUAUCAUGCAAGUUGCUGCAAUUAGUAAAGCGAGACUGUCCCAAUAAGGCAGAUUACAGCGAGCAAGGAUGGUACAGCCCUAGCAUAAGCGCGAGGCGCGCACACACAUGCACACAGACAGAGAGAGAUCUAGAUAUGAACAUUCCAACUGCCAAAAAAAAAUGA